CAACUUCAACACCAAGACCAGGAGCAACAAACCGCCAGCUAAAGGCCGACGAGCGGGCAAGGCGGCCAAAGGCUUCGUGCGCUAACUUAGUUCUGACGCUCUCCUGGCGCGCUCCUCUCCAGGCUCCCUGCGUCCUGUCACCUGCUCGGGGCCAAACAACGCUCUGGCGGCGCGCAGCAAAACGUGCGCUCCUGUCCCCUCUUUUGUCCUUGAACGACGAUGAUGUACCUCGCCGACGGCCAGCAAGCAUCGGCUUUCCUCUCGCCCAACCCUCCCGGCCGCCGUUGGCUAUAGCUUCGGCUGUCUGGCACCGCCGUCUUUCCCUCGCAGUCGCUCCCUUUCGCCAUGAUCCUGUCCUUCGCUCCCUAUUCGUGGGCUUUACGUAACCUUUUACGUGAACGCUGCCAUCGUGGUACAAGACUCUUCAGCGUCGAACUGGCCAUCUCCGAGGACCACGCGCGUGUUGGGCAAUGUCGAAAUGAUGUCGUCUUUUGACGUUUAUGAGGACGCCAACCCCGUUGCUGGACCUCCAAGAUGGGACGCAGCGUACGCAACUCUGUGGUCUGCCUGCAUUUGCCCCGGAUUUUUCUUAAAUAAAGCCUGACCACCAAACCGCCCUGCCUGGACCGCCUCCGUUCGGAACACCGACCGUUUCUUCUCGCAUGAUCUUUGCGAGGGUCCGCCUUUUUUUUCACCGUCUUCUGAUCGCGCAGAUGAUCUUUUGCGAUAAGGCAGGCUCUUAGUCUUAGUCUACCUGCUUGAUAACAUUCGAACCAAGCUUGACCAGCUGUCUGGGUCGUUCCUUUCCUGCCCGCGCAGCCAAUCACGCAACAACCCGGCACCGACACCGCUACCAGCCUUACCUUAAGACCCAUACAUCAUCUUUCUGUACUGGCGCGAACGGUUCUGGCAUUGAUUUUUUUUUUUUCCUUCUUUUCUCUGUUCGAUCGGACACUGCCUUCGGAAAACGAAAUACCAAAAAAAAGGAACAAAGACUCGCUUCGGAUAAUAAUAAAGCAGCUUGCUUUCACUGCGCACGCUUCUUGUUUCGCGCACAUCGGCGCACCGCGCUCGAUCCAAUGACCUACAUGCCCAUCCAAGCAAGCCGUACGGUGGUUGUAAUCAAUGCCUCAGGUCGACAGGGUGCGAGCUUUGUUCGCGUUGCUUCCGCGGUGGGGUGGCACGUCAGAGCUCAUAUGAAGGACCGGAUAGGCAUCGUCGCACAAGAUAUCUGUUCGAGACAAAAUGUCACCGUGAUUGAGGGCCAGCUGUCCGAUCCCAAGAUCAUUGCCCAACUCUUCGAGGGCAAGCCUGAGCUUGCUUUCCUGAACACCGUUCACUGGGGUGACGAGGUGGCGGUAGGCAAGGCCCUUGCCGACGCGUGCAAGAAGACAGGAAUCAAGCAUCUGAUCUAUUCGAGCAUGCCGGAUCACUCAAGCUUCGGCAAGGGCUGGAAGGCGCUGCCUAUGUACGAAACCAAACACAGGAUUGAAAAAUACAUAUCCGCACUUGGACUGCCAGCCACGUUCGUCUACACAGGCAUCUAUCACAACAACUUCACCAGUCUGCCAUAUCCGCUGUUUCGCAUGGAGCUACAGGAAGACGGAAGCUUUGAGUGGCAGGCCCCGUUCAACCCAAACAAGCGCUUGCCGUGGCUUGACGCAGAACACGACGUAGGCCCUGUGGUGCUGCAGAUUUUCAAGCAAGGUCCAGAGGAAUGGGCAGGCAAACGGAUACCACUGGCGUUCCAAUAUCUUACGCCUGUCGAGGUCUGCGAUGCGUUUUCACGCGCCCUUCAGCGGCCAGUUCACUACGUACGUGGCCCGAUAAGGUACGAGAUCAGCGUGCCAAAAGGCUACCGCGAGCAUCUUGAAAUCUUAGCCGAAGUUCUCGGCGAGCAGGAGGCUCCGUACUUUGGGCCAGACCUAGAAGCCGGCUGUACAAGAGUAGCCAAGAAGCUGUGGGAGGGCAACAGAGACAUGGAGGAGUAUGCUCGAGAAGUCUUCCCCGUCGAGGAAUACAACAAUGGGCUGCGCUGGAUGGAAGAGGAGGACAUGAGUGACGAGGAGGUGGAGAGGAAAUAUCAUGGGGGAUGUUAAAAAAAGAACGAAUUGUUGUACAUCCACAUUUUUUUUUUUGCAGCGUAUGCGGACACAGUAACUCUAUCAGUAGACUGGGAUUACUGAGGCGUCUAGACAUGGAUUUUUAUUUCGGUUUGAAGCGAUCAUAUGGGAGUACAAGGGUGGCACUGUCCUGUCAUAGCAGCGCAGGCGUCCAAAGCUCUUUCUAUUUUUCUCGGGUAAGAAGCAUGGCAGCGUGGCGUAUUGGUGAUUUCUCCUGUACAGCGUUAGAUUCUCGCUCGCCUGAGCUGGCAGCAAUAGCAGUAACAUGAUGCUCUCUCUUUUGAC